AUGUCGUACUUCCUUCCUUCCUACUUUCAGAAGCGGCUGCUUCGAUACGCCCUCCUCCGUCUUGACUUUAUCGACUCGGACGAAUUCGAUCUCGACAACCUGGGCUUGAAAUGGGGCCAGCGGACCGUGGUCGAACUCAAGAAUGUCGGAAUCAAAGUCAAGAGAAUCAUCGACAUCCUCCAACUUCCUGCCGCCUUCGCCCUGACCCAUGCCUCCGCCAAACUUUUGCGCCUUACCCUCCCGGCGGAUCUUCACAUUAGCGGCAUCCAAAUCGAAGUGGAAGGGGUUGAGAUAAUCGUGGCGAUUCGACCAGACAAUACCACAGCAGUGACGGUGGCGGGCAAAUCUCGCUCAAGAGCAGGAUUUCCUCCCAGCAGAACAGACCGUGCAAACCUACCUCGGUCAACUUCUCCACCAGUCCAUGACCCUGGUGGAAGACAUGGAGAAGCAGGUGGACUACUGGAGUUGUCUCAAGUCAUUCCCACAUCAGAAGAUCUGGCCGCGUCGUUCCUGGAGGCUGAGUCGCCGGGAGAAAGAGACGAACUACAAGCUGCACUUGAGUCACAGUCUCAGAUUCACAUGCAAGAGUCGGUGACGUCCUCCGCUUCGAGCGAGGAUGUUGGCCUCGGCAUGCCUGGAGGGCUCUCGUUACCCACCUUCGUCGCCAACUUUCUGAAAGGUGUGGCAGACCGGUUGUCAGUCAACAUCAAGGACGUUAAUGUCGUCUUGGAAGCGGAUCUUUCGUCUGGGAGUGCAGGCCCAGCAGAGAACACAAAGUUUAUGCUCUCAGUCGGGAACAUUGCCGUGGAUGCCAUCGACAAGCCAGAAAGCCCAGAGGUCGAGCCAGAUACGAGACGAUCAAUAUCCAUCGAUGAAGUCCAGCUGUUCGUUCUGUCCGAGUCUGAGAAUUUCUCAGAAUUUUCUGGCUUCAGUUCGCCGAAGCUAGCCAAGUUACGUCCACCGCUGUCACACCCUGCUAGUGCACGGAGUGACAACAGUGAUCUCGUUCGAUCAAGCACAACCAGUCUCAGUCAGCAUUCUGAUUAUCCAAGGCUCUCCCCAACCUCAUUGAGUAACUCUGGACUGGGUAUUGGACUCGAAGAUGCAGCACUAUCAGACUCUACCAUCUUCGGACGGCGAUCCAGAACCAUCCCAGUCCUACCUGAUUCGACGGGUGAUUCUGAGCCUAUCGACAAUCGAACUCAUGCCGAAGAAGUGCAACAGUCCGUCCGUCGAGAUAGCGACGAAGUGUAUGGGAUUCUGGACAAUCAGUCUGAGGACUUAGCAGAAUCUAGGACGUUCACGCAUGACGAGGCCGAGAGCAUGUACAUGAGCGCAAUGAGUGGGCCACUCAAUAUGCCGGGUGGGUUCGCUUGGUCACAACCUGUGCCUGAGGCUGGCCCGGAGCAGCUCAAGGACCCCGGACAAAAUGAAGUUGCAUCAACACCUCUGGCCGACCAAGUAGAACCACUGGGUGAUAUAUCUAGGGCCUCCCUCAGUGGACCAUCACGGUCUAUCAACGAAACCGAAGGAUCGAGUGGCGAAAGCGUCCUGGAUAAUAGCCUGGCCUCAUGCUUUCGGUCUCGAAUUCUCCGCGUGAAUACUCUGAACCUGAAGGUCCCCCAACCCCAUCAUGAAGAAGCCUUGUCAGAAGCUGAGCAAUCCAUCCCUCCACAGCGCUUGAGCCAUGCUUCCCAGAUUCGACAGAUGCAUGUGGGUGGGAGAAGUUCCCCAAGUACCUUCCUCAACGAAUCUCGACUCCAGUCUCUGCGCAAUCUGGGUCAAAGUCGGACUGUAGACCGACCAAAAGACAAACUCAGCAUCGACAUUGGAGAGAUUUCAGUGGAUCUCGAUAUUGUGCUCUGCAGGGUUCUCGUGAGAGCCUCGCAAACCAUCACUGACGCAAUUCCAACGAAGCCUCCGCAGAAGUCGAAAGUGCCCGCACCAUCCUCUCGAGAGUCUGUCAUUCCUGAUGUCAACAUCAAGAGCGUAAACCUCAACUUUUGCGAAUCCGUCCCGAGGAAACCGCCUAGCAAAAUUGGAGUCCAAACGAUCGAAUCAAUUCUCUCCAGCCAGGAAGCUCUACUGAAAGUGUCAGUCACUUCGAUAAGUUACAUGGCAAACUCCACGCCAGAGAAGAGCCAGCGACUAUCGAUCUCUAAGAUUGUUGUGAACCAUGGUGCCAGGGAGGUCUUGACAUUUGUUGACUCUAUUAAUGUUCGAGACUCAAUCGCAACCAGCUCUAUGCUGAGGCCUCAUGAUGUCGUGGUCAACGUGUCGGCAAAUCGAUAUGAGGUCCAAAUUAAACCCGUCUACGUUGUCUUAGAUUUGUUGGUCAUUGACGAUGUGCUAAGCAGAAGCGGUGGCUUGAGCUCUUUGCUAGAUUUGGGAAACUCCAUUAUGUCCACACACACCGUGAAAGGCCCAACUCCUGCAUCGGCUCCAGAACCUUCCAAACUACGCACCGUGAGGUUUAGUGAUCCUCAAAGAAGACCUAGGGCAGACAGUGAUCCCUCAUCGACUCCGCCGAAAGUCGAUAUUCGUGUCUCAGGAGCAGUUUUCGAUUUGAUUGGGUCUGAGUCUUCCAUGCAGAUCAAAUCUUCAGCUAUCAAAACUGUCUAUCGGGACAACAAUGUCAAGGUGGUGAUAGAUGGCGCCGCGGUCGAGGGUCCGUUGCUUGCUGCUUCUCGGGCUCGCGGAGACAUCUACGCCAAAAUUCGCAAUAUCGAGGUGCACUACUCGAAUUCCCCGGAUGAUGACGACCUAGACAGACUUUUGUCUCUUAUCACACCUUCCAGUGACAAAUAUGAGGAAGACGACGAUAUCAUGGUUGAUACGUUGUUGAGACAGCGUCGUAAAGGCGGCGUCUUGCGUCUGACCAUUGGAGAUCUUCAAGCAGGUGCUGCUGGCCUGCGGUGGAUGCCCCAUCUCACAAAACUGACUGAUGAGAUCUCGAAACUUUCGUCCGUUACAAAAUAUCUGCCUGAAGAUGAUCGACCGGGCAUCCUCACCUUCGGGCUUUUGAAAAAGCUAGAUUUCCGCUUCGACGUCGAUGAGAAGUUUGGGCCCAUCAGACUUCAGGCUGACCUCUUGGAGGGAGCUCACAUCAAUGUACCAGCACUCGCCGCCGCCCAGAUUGCAGCCUGGUCAAUGUCAAGAACCGAGGAGGAUGUUUUGGUUGGCGAUGUACUGUCUCAGAGCAAGACCGUCAUGGGCCCGCCUAUGUUCAUGUGCCGAUUUAUAGCAGACGAGAUGGAACCGACGGUCCGAAUGAAGCUCUCAAACACUUGCAUUGAAUACAAGGUGCCAACAGUUGUUGCCCUCACCUCGCUUUUCGAACGUCUCAAGCUCGAUUACGCGACCGCCCACAGUCAGAGUCCUUCUUCACAGCCCUCGAGCCCAUCAUUGUCGAAUGCCGGAGAUGCAGGCAGUUUAGCGCGCAAGAUCAGACUGUCCAUAACCUUCAGAGAUUCGGCCAUAGCACUUAAUCCUGACAAGAGCCCAGCCAAGGGUCUUUUCGUGCUGACAGACGCCGUCAUCCGUCAUGAGAACCAGAAGAGGGGGUCGACGGACAACUUGGACAUUAAGAAAGCUUCCCUCCUCAUUAUCAACGAUGCUUCGACUGUUGGGCUGGAGUCAGGAAAUGUGGACCACAAGCUCUAUUUCGAAGAAAAUGACCAAGUCCAACAACUCACCAAGGCCGGAUUCGUCCCUGUAGGGUCGAUCUCUUCUGCGUCUGCCAUUAUCAAAGUGAUCGAAGAUAAAGUCACGUCAGAAACGCGGCUGGACGUGGAAUUCCGCAACAACCUUCUCUUUAUCGAAACUUGCGCCGAUUCCACCCAGACCAUGAUACAGAUUUUGAGUGGUCUUGCGCCGCCGUCACCGCCUUCUAAGGUCGCGCAAUACCGGACGGAGGUUGUCCCAAUCCAGGAUAUGUUGGCGUCAUUUACUGGCAACGCUUUUGUCUCAGAGCCUGGUCCGUUGCUCGGCCUUCAAGCUUCGGGCAGUACGUCCGCUGUCGAAAUUCCGUCGCAGGGCAAGACUGAAUAUGACCAAGAGGAGGAGGAAGACGAAAACGAGUUUAUGACUGGCAUGUAUGGGGACGCCGACGAUGCUGACGAUGAGCUGACCGCGAGCCACGUGGAGUCCGAUCUGGGACGCUCAGUCAUGUCCGAAAGUGUGCACAUAGCCCCGGUUGAUGCCACUGGCUCCGACUACGGCGAUGCCAUCGAAAGUGUGAUGAUGCACAGCCUGCUAGAUUUCCGAGCAGACCAUUUCAUUCCGAAGUCAUCGGUGGGUGGCACAGCCCACCGCUGGAAUUCGGUCCACAACACCUAUGGUCUAGCAAGCGAUGCGAUAUUUGAACGAUCCCCAUUGAAGCUUCGCGUGAGGGAUGUCCACGUCAUUUGGAAUCUAUUUGAUGGGUACGAUUGGCAAGCGACGAGGGAUACCAUAUCGCAUGCGGUGAAGGAGAUUGAGAACAAAGCUCUGGCAAGACGCCCACGGAGCAGCACCCGGGCGCCUGGCGCGGAUGAUGAGGAUGAGUCUGUGAUUGGGGACUUUUUGUUCAAUUCCAUCUACAUCGGCAUUCCGGCGAACAAGGACCCUCGAGAUUUGGCGAAUGCUAUCAAUCAUGAUAUCGACGACUUGGUGAGUGAGACCGGUAGCUACGCAACUGGGACGACGGUCACUGCAACUACGUCGCGACGCACAUCAGGCACAGUGCCUAGGCAAAAGAAGCUCAGGCUCAAUCGCAGCAAGCAUCACAAGAUGACAUUUGAACUGGAAGGUGUCUCGGCUGAUUUCCUGGCAUUCCCUCCAGGAAGCGGCGAGGUUCAAAGUUCAAUCGAUGUCCGCAUCAAAAAGAUCGAGGUCUUUGACCAUGUGCCUACGUCGACGUGGAAGAAGUUCGCCACUUAUAUGCAAGAUGCCGGUGAACGCGAGCACGGGGCCAGCAUGGUGCAUAUCGAAGUUCUCAACGUGAAACCAGUCGCCGAAUUAUCGGCCUCGGAAAUAGUGCUUAAAGUCAGCGUUCUUCCACUGAGACUCCAUGUUGACCAGGAUGCAUUGGAUUUCUUGACUCGGUUCUUCGAGUUCCGAGAUGACAGUGCCCCGGCGUCAAGCGGAUCCUCCAGUCCACCAUUCUUGCAGCGUGUGGAAGUGAACGCUGUGCAGCUCAAACUCGACUACAAGCCCAAGAAAGUGGAUUACGCGGGGCUCCGAUCAGGACGGACGACCGAGUUCAUGAACUUCUUUGUCCUCGACCGCGCAGAUAUGGUCCUCCGCCGAGUUAUUCUGUACGGAGUGUCUGGGUUUGACCGACUUGGUAUCACGCUGAACAAUAUCUGGACACCGGACGUUAGGCGGAAUCAACUUCCUGGAGUUCUGGCCGGUUUGGCACCUGUCCGACCUCUGGUUGAUGUCACGAGUGGGGUGAGAGACCUCAUCGCAGUCCCCAUCCGCGAAUACCGCAAGGACGGGAGACUUGUCCGAAGCAUUCAGAAAGGAGCAUUGGCGUUUGCAAAAACGACAGCAACUGAGUUGGUCAACCUUGGAGCCAAAAUGGCGAUCGGCACGCAGCAGAUCCUUCAAAAUACGGAAGAAUUAUUUGUUCCUCGUGAAGCACAGGGCGAGACCGAGGAGGACGAAGAGACUCGGAAGCAAAUAUCUCUGUAUGCCGAUCAGCCCAUUGGCAUCAGGCAAGGGCUGAGAACGGCAUAUGCAAGCCUAGAACGAGAUUUAUUGAUUGCCCGAGACGCCAUCGUGGCAGUCCCUGGAGAGGUCAUGGCCAGUUCUACGGCCAAGGGCGCGGCCAGGGCGAUUCUCAAACAGAGCCCGACCAUUAUUUUGCGGCCGGCGAUUGGAGCCACGAAAGCGGUUGGGCAGACACUGAUGGGUGCUGGCAAUAUGCUGGACAAACAGAAUUUGAGGAGGAUUGAUGAGAAAUACAAGCGGCAUUGA